AUGGCGAGCGCGGUCUCGUCCCUCUCAACCGGCAACGGCAAUGAACGCUUCAACGCAGAAGCCGCGAACUGGGAUAAAAACCCCUUCGUGCAUGAAGCCAGCAAACUAGCAGCAAAGGCCAUCAUCCAGCAAUUCCCAGCACUGCAGAAGGCACGCCCAGGGAGGCCUAAGCUGGACGUCCUUGAGAUAGGAUGUGGCACGGGCCUCCUCUCCUGCAUGCUCGCACCCUAUGCGCGACAUUAUGUGGCCGUCGACGCAGCCCAGGGGAUGAUCGAUGUGCUGAAAACAAAGUUGCAGCGAUCUGAAUCCCCACAAAACAUCAUCCCAGUCGCGGUGUUGCUGGAGGAUCCCGAGGACCGCCACCUGCCCCCAGCUGACGAGAACGAACCUGACGGGAAGAGGCUGAAGUUUGAUCUCAUCACCUCGCACCUUGUCUUGCACCACAUUCAAGAUCUGAAGGCUGUCUUGACCACCAUGCUCGGCUGUCUCAAAGAUGGGGGAAGUGUGGCGUUGACCGACUUUGAAGACGCCGGUCCAGAGUCGAAGAGAUUCCACCCACAAUCAAAGAUGGGCGGGGUCGAGCGGCACGGGAUCCAUGCCGAAACCAUGGAGCGCUUGAUGAAUGAUGUCGGGUUCGUCAACGUCGAGAUCAGGGCCGCCUGGAGUAUGGACAAGACGGUGGAGAAGUUUGAGGGCGAGUUUGGGCAUGAGGCCAAGGCUGGAGAGCCUGGUCAGGGGGUGGUGCAGAGUUUCCCCUUUGUGCUGUGCAUGGGUGAGAGGAAGUGGUGCCAGUCAAGUGACGGCUCUUGA